UUUACUAUUUUCUACUUAACGUUACAUUUUAAGUGUGCAGAAGAGCAGGUCGGAACUAAAGUCGCGCUUCGAAAAUCGCGACGGGAUAUUUUGACAGUGACACAAAACGUCAUUGAUUUGGAGCAGUACUAUCACAUCGACUAGCCGAGCUCGGUAAGUUGUAAUGGCAGGGGGAGGCUCAGCAGGAGUUGACCUCAGCAGGAAGUUUGUGACAGAAGCUGAGCUUGAUGAGCAGAGGAAGAAGAGACAGGAGGAAUGGGAGAAGGUCAGGAAGCCCGACGACCCAGAGCAGGCCCCGGAGGAGGAAUAUGACCCACGCUCCCUCUUUGAGCGACUGCAGGAGCAGAAAGACAAGAAACAAGAGGACUAUGAGGAGCAGUUCAAAUUCAGGAACAUGGUGAGAGGAUUGGACGAGGAUGAGAGUAGCUUCCUGGACGAGGUCUCCCGGCAACAGUGCCUGGUGGAGAAGCAACGCAGGGAUGAGGAGAAGCAGGAACUGUUGGAAUACAGAAGCGCUCUAGUGAAGAAAGCAUCCACCGAAAGCCGCAAAGAGCCUGAAAAGAAGGCAGCACCUAAACAUUCAGGGGCAGAACAAAGGACCAGCCUCCUAUCUCAGGCCCAUUUAUUGGCUGGAGCUGUCAAGAGACGCAGUUCCUCCCAGUCGUCAGACAGCAGUAAGAAACAGAAAGUGGAAAUCACAACGACAGCAACAGCAACGACAGGAAAUGGAGAGAGACACACAGAACAGGAGGAUGGAGCAGGAGGAGGAGCAGGGGGAGCUGAAGCUCAACAAACAGUCCCCGGCCUGAAGCCAAAGUCCCCCUCGGCUCCCCUGAGCUCCGGUCAAGGCGUGUUACACCUGCCGUCCGCAGCCGUGUGCGUAGGCGUUUUACCGGGACUCUGGGUUUAUUCCGGCAGCAGCGACUCUGACAGCAGCUCGGACAGCGAAGGUAGCGUGGACGCAAUCAUGUUGCCGUACCCCCGGCACAGCAGGGCCUACAGAUAGACACCCGCAUACACACACACACACACACACACACACACACACACACACACACACACACACACACACACACAAACACACACACACAACCUGACGUAUGUGGGCAUGCCUUCAGAAUGGCUUGCAAAAAGUCAGAACAGGUAACCUCACACACAGAGACACGUUAAAGGUCAUACACACACAGACUGAUAGAGAGAUACACUGCCUGCGGGCCACACAAGUUCACAUUAUGUUAGUCAAACACUGGCAACGCAAACACACAUACACACACACACACACACACACACACACACACACACACACACGUAGCAAACAUUUUCAGUAUUCCUGUUGUUUUCACAGCUGUGAGUUGAACUGUUGCUCUUUGUCGUCAGACAAAGUUCAGCCCGUUAAUAUAAUCCUAAUAAUCAGUAACACCAAUCUAAACUCUAUUCUGAGCUAAAUCUGUGUAUCUAUUUGUGGUUUUUGCUAUUGUGGCACUCAAACAUGACACCUCCACCCUUCCUUCCCUCAAUCACGUCUCACGCAGUUUAAGCCGAGCAACCAAUCCCGCACUGCCUACCCCGACGACAUCCUGCCCCCCCCUACACCCCCCCUCCCAACCCAAGCCACAGCGACUGCAAGCUGUGCUGUUGGCUGAGGGAACAGUGAUUGACAGCUGUGGAGCAAGGAAGAGACUGCUUUUAAACUGUGUCACAUGACUCACACCUUUUAGCUAUCAGCAGCUGAGGAGAGAGAGCCGGGGCAGGACACGCUUCUCUCUCUCUCUUUCUCUCUUUCUCUCUCUCUCUCUCUCUCUCUUUGGGUUAGUCUGAAUGGUUUGAAAAGUCCUGUUUUUAUUUGUGUGAUGUAAUGUGUUUUCUCAUCAGUAGUUUGUCUCAAAGUCACAUCGUGCUGGAGAGAUGAUGGACUGUUUGCUGCUGUCUCAGGCGUUGGAGCUUUGUUUUGUUGAUCUGAAAUAAAAGAGCUUUCCCUUGUA